AUGGUUGGAUGGCACCAGCGACUCGAUGGACAUGAGUUUGAGCAAGCUCUGGUAGAUAAUGAAGGACAGGGAAUCCUGGCAUGCUGCAGUCCAUGGGGUUGCAAAGAGUCAGACAUGACUGAGCAGCUGAUCAACCACGAUAGGGACACUACUCUUAGUGGACUACGGCCCACUCAACGGACCUCCUCUCAUUUAAUUACCACUGUAAAGACCUCAUCUGGGAACAUAGUCACAGUCAGAGGUAGGGUGGCUGGGACUUCAAUACAUGAGUUCAGGAAGGCACAAUUCAACCCAUCCCUCUUCUCAGAAGAAAAGAUACGAAACAAAUAUAACAGGGCUGGCAUCUCUGCGUUAUGGGUUGAGGACACCAGGAACCUGUCAUCUGUAAAUUUUUACAAUAAAUGUUAUGGGGAACAGGGACUUCCCUGGUGA